AUGAAGAAAAGGUCAAUUCCAGAGAACACCAUGAGGAUUAUAUUUAGUUUAUUGAUAGUGGUGUGUGCGGCCAAUGCUGCAAAGAAAUUUGAGGGAACAUUGAGGUCAGCGGCAGACGCCCCACCUCAAGAUAACCUUGCUGUAGAAUCUGCAUCACCAGAACCCGCUGUGGUUGAUGCACCUCAAGAAUAUAAGAACCAGGAAGCACCACCUCCUCCUCCACCACCUAAACCGGAAGCAUCUGAAACAGCUGACUCAGCCGACACACCUGACGAAGCGGAUGAAGUAGAAGAGCCGCAACAGCCGGCAACUGCCCCGGAAACCGCAUCCGGCGGUGUUCCACCCUCAGCACCCAGUGGUAUCUCCGCUCCGUCGGCACCUGCAAAUUCGCUCGAAGAAUGUGAUCCCGAAAUGAUUGGAUUCGAGCUUGUUACCGGAUAUGUGUUUUCGGCACCAUCUCAUAUUCUCGAUGAUAUCCCCGGGACCCUCAUGCUGACAGAUUGCUUGGAACAAUGUCAGGCCAACGAUACAUGUCGCGCCGUCAACUAUGAAACCGGUCUAUGCGUACUAUUCAGUUCAGAUGCCGACCAAUUACCAGGAGCAUUGACGAAGUCACAAUUCCCGGUCUUCACGAUCUACGCACAAAAGUCUUGUCUGGGCGUACGACCAUGUGAACGCGCGUGGUGUUUCGACCGAGUUCGUGGCUAUCAUCUUAAAGGAAGAGGCAAAAGGACGCACACAGUUGGAUCAAGGCAAAUGUGCUUGGACCUAUGUCUUGGUGAAAAUGAAUUUGUAUGCAGAUCGGCAAACUACAAUAACAAAACCGGAGAAUGUGUUUUAUCUAACAUGGAUCGAAUUACUUUGGCUGGCACUAAUUCUUUCCAACCUAACGAAGACACUGACUAUUUGGAAAACAAUUGCGUGGAGGAACCAACCAAAUUGUGUGAGUUUAAGAAGAUGGGAGGACGCAUAUUGAAAACUGUGGACUCUGUAUAUCAAGAUGUGCAAACUAUUGAAGAGUGCCGAGAAUUAUGUUUAAACUCGCCUUUCCGUUGUCAUUCAUACGACCAUGGAGACACCGGUGACCAUGUAUGCCGUCUUUCUCAUCAUUCGCGUGCUACUCUUGCCGAUAUUCAGGAUCCUUACUUAGAAGUCCCUGAAGCCGCCACGUAUGAAUUGUCCUCGUGCUACAAUGUCUCCAUUGACUGUCGUGCAGGCGACAUGGUAGCUCGUAUUCAGACAUCGAAACUUUUCGACGGUAAAAUCUAUGCUAAAGGUAGCCCGAACUCCUGCGUUGUUGAUGUCAAGCAAAGCCUCGAGUUUGAAUUACAUAUGGGAUACGAUAACAUCGAAUGCAACGUCAAGCAAAACGGACUUGGAAGAUAUUUAAAUGAUGUCGUUAUUCAACAUCACGAUACUAUCGUCACAUCUUCCGAUCUUGGUCUGGCUGUCACAUGUCAAUACGACUUGACUAACAAAACCGUUGCAAAUGAAGUCGACCUUGGAAUCCACGGCGAUAUUCACACUGGUCUGUCUGAAGAAGUUAUUGUCGAUUCACCUAACGUUGCUAUGAGAAUUACCGACAGGAACGGAGACGAUACAAUUGCUUCUGCUGAAGUUGGAGAUCCCUUGGCCCUUCGUUUCGAAAUCAUGGACCAGAACUCUCCUUUCGAAAUUUUUGUCCGGGAACUGGUUGCUAUGGACGGCGUCGACUCAAGCGAAAUUACUCUCAUCGACAGCGACGGUUGCCCUACGGAUCACUUCAUUAUGGGACCCUUGUUCAAGUCUGCACCAAGCGGGAAGAUGCUGUUAUCUCACUUCGACGCGUUCAAGUUCCCCUCAUCGGAGGUUGUGCAAUUCCGUGCACUGGUAACACCUUGCAUGCCAACUUGCGAGCCAGUCCAGUGCGACGGUGGACCCAAUGAACUCCGAUCGGUCAUGUCGUACGGUCGCAGGAAGAGGCGUUCCACCCCGGCUUCUCCACAAGAAAAAAUGCUUCUCGUCCAAAAUAUUCAAGUCACCGACAAAUUUGGUUUCGAUAAGCAACGUGCCAAGAACACUACUGAAGAUUCAGUAUAUGUAAGAGAGACCGACGUUACCUGCGUUAAUGCAGCGGGAGCCAUGCUAGCAGCGGCUGCGUUCUUAGCAGCUCAAUUGGUUGUACUCGCCGCAUGGACUUGCAGCUGGCAACGACGCCGCGCCGCGGCUAAGGCAGCUGAACUUCUUCCCGGACCUAACGCGCCAUCGGCACUUUGCAAAGUCUAUGACCCCAGCUUUUCUCGUGCACAUCAGAGGCACUUUUGAAUAGCUAAGGUGUGUCGACGUGAGCUGCGUCCGCAAUAAUAGUUAUAAUAUAUUAGUGUAAGAGCCCCCGUCGAGUCCUAGCUCUGAAAGGUGAUAAUGUUUGUUGCCUUUUUUGUAGCAUAAGACAAAGAUAGCGGUUUAAAUGGUAGUAUCUGAGCGCCCCCGCAUCACGUGUUUCGUACGAGCAGGAGUUGCGGUUGGCGCGGCACGGAGACGGGGACGACCAUAUGGGCGUGCGCGAAUGUGGAUGGAUGUAAGACUCAACAUGUAGUAUGUCAUUUGAUUGAAAUUUCUGUACGAGGUCGCCUGCUUGUCCCCAUCUCCGGAGUUGCAGAUGGGACGCAGCCGUGAGUCGUUAUCAAGAUCACGUCGCUCAUUCGUUCACUUUACGCUCGGUCAUCUUCGAUGAAGUCCGAGGACGUAUUGUACCAUAUUAUAAACUAGCAUAAGCCUGAUUUUAAUAUACAGUAGGAUUAAGUUGAAAGUAAAAUUUCAGUACCUUUUAAGUAGAUAACCGAACGUGCGACCUAAGUCAACAAGUGAUGGAUUGACGGCCGUCCCAACAUCGUAAUUUAUUCAAUCUAGGAUAAUUUCUUUUUUACUUAUUUCUAUUUGAAAUCAAAUUAUAUUUAUGGAAUAUAUUAAAUUAAAACUAAAAUAAGUCGUUUUCGGCUUAGACCUAAUAAAGUAUUUUUACAUGAUACUAGUGCCU